AUGCCAGCUAAGGCACCUCCGUCUUUCGUGAGGUCUAAACACCCACGAGGCCCUCGAAACGCUGGUUUUAUGGAUAGAAAGAAAGGGUUGGAGGAGGGAUAUGAUAGGGUUGGAGCUGUCCUGCGGUCUGAGCCGAGCUCGAAAGCGAAAAGACAGCUACUCUCGAUCCCUUGUUCAACCGCUUAUCAGGUUUCUGAGGAACUCAUCUACUACCUAUGUCGCCUAACUACCGUGUUAAACUACCGUUGGUCAAUCAACAACUCCUCUAGUCGAUAUCAAUAUCAAGGCAAGGAACUCUCAGCCGAAAAAGAACUCACCCUUGCUUUAGCUCCCCUAAAUUCCAAGAAUAGGGAAUGA